AUGCAAUCGCUGUAUCUGCGUCUGCUGGCAGAGCUGAUGGAGUUUGUGUUUGGUUUCCAGUUUGAAAGCGAAGCCGACUUUGACGCCGAUGCUCCGUGCAAUUUGGUUCCUCCACCGACGCUGCACUUGAUCUUUCCAGUGCUUUCUGUGUCGCUUCGCUUCGCACCAGACCUGCGUCGAUGGGCAUUGCCCCUUCUUGCUGUUCAUGCGCGUAACAUCCCUGCUGAAGAGGAAGAAGAAGUGGGUGACGUUCUAGCACAGCGGUUGCUGCGUCGCGAUAUGGUGGAGUUGGUGUUGCUGCUGCUGUCUCAGCAGGCAACGGGUAGUGCAUUGCCUAUCACGAAUCCAGACUUGGCUCCGGGCAAACUACUGACUUCGCUGUGCAUGGGACCUGAACUGACCCUGUCGGACGAGGAAAGUGGUGCAGAGUUCCGCAAUGCUGAGCCCAGUGCGCUCUUUGUGAGUCGGCUACACUGCUGUUGCUUUGACGGGGAGGACAAGAACCGUACUCUCGCCAAGCAGAUAUGGAGCGCCACUGGAGUUACGAUCACAGCACUGUUUGCAGGUCCCUUGCUGGAAUUGCUGCAUCACUCUCAUGCUAGCGUGCGUGAAAGUGCUUCUCUCGCUCUUGCUGAUGGUAUGCGUCAGUUCCCAUCGUCUGUGACGCCCCUGCUGGAUGAUCUGAAGACGCGGUUCUUGAGUAACCAACCGAAGCCAACGAAGCAAACAGACGAGUUUGGUAUUCCUACGGCUCGCCGCCCCCAUGCGCCAGCAGCUGAGCAGACUGAAGAUGGGCGUACAAUGUACCCUCGUCUCGGCGUCGCUCUGUGCUUGGAGAAAGCUGCAGAGAUGGCAGGCCCUGAAGCGAUCUCCAGCGCCGAUACCAUGACCCUGUUGACGUUUGUUAUGAAGCAUGGUCUGGGAGAUCCGAACGCUAAGGUGCGUGCGCAGAUGCGCAAGACCGGUGUGCAAGCUGUGGCUUCGCUGGGUGGAGGUACCAACACGGCGCCACUGCUGGAAAUGUUUGAGCGCUUUCUUGACACGAGUACUCCUCCUGCAGCAGCUACGGUUGCAAGCACGAUUGGGAAGAAAGCCAAGGCUGGGACUGAACUUGCUGCUCGGGAAGAGGACAUGCUGGAGCAGCGGGAACAAGCGUUGUCCAUUUAUGAUCAUCAGCGUGAAGGUGUCGUGGUGUGUUUGGGCUCUCUGGCCAAGCACAUGUCCCCGACGGACCCCAAAGUGUCUUCAAUCGUGGACCUGCUCCUAGAGGCUCUUGGCAUUCCGUCUGAGUCGGUACAGCGCUCGGUUGCUACGUGUCUGUCGACGAUCAUAGGCGCAUUGAAGGAUCGCAGCACGAGUAUCUUGGAUGGUCUCAUGAAGCGUGUCACUGAGGGCGAAACUUUUGGCGGGCGCAUGGGUGCAGCGUACGGUAUUUCAGCCGUGAUCAAAGGACUCGGUAUUUCUGCACUCAAACUCCACAGCAUCAUCCCGCGCCUCGAAGACGCGAUGAAGACGGGCGGUGCUGACGCUCGCGAAGGCGUCAUGUUUGUGUUCGAGUGUCUGAGCCAACGCCUCGGGCUGCUGUUCGAGCCCUACAUCAUCGUGAUUCUACCCAUCAUGCUCAAGUGCUCGGCCGAUGCCAGUCCGCAAGUGCGCAAAGCGGCAAGUCAGACUGCUAAGGGUAUCAUGGCCCAUUUGUCGGCACAUGGUGUGAAGCUGGUGUUGCCAUCGCUUUUGGGUGCGCUGGAAGAAAGCGCGUGGCGUACGAAGCAGUCGGGCAUCCAGAUCUUGGGCUCCAUGGCGUACUGUGCCCCUCGACAGCUGGGCUCGUGUUUGCCUCAGGUGGUGCCCAAGUUGAUGGCAGCGCUGACUGACUCGCACCCGAAGGUCCGUGAAGCUGGUAAGAGCGCGCUACGUGACGUGGGUUCUGUAGUGCGCAACCCUGAAAUUGCGGCUAUCUCUAAGGUGCUGCUCGAUGCGCUCGAAGAUCCAAACCGGUACACGGCCGAAGCUCUUCAGCAGCUUCAGUCGACGUCUUUCCAGCACUCGAUUGAUGCGCCGUCGUUGGCACUUGUGAUGCCCAUCAUCUCUCGUGGUCUCAGGGAUCGCGCUGGUGAUGCCAAGAAGAAGGCCGCGCUCAUUGUGGGCAGCAUGUGUUCCAUGAUCAACGAUGCCAAGGACCUUGUGCCUUACAUGGAGACCGUGCUACCGAGCUUGAAGACUCAGCUCAUGGAUCCCAUUCCGGAAGUGCGUGCUGUGGCCGGCAAGGCCUUGGGCAAGCUGGUCAAGGGGCUUGGUGAGCGCCACUUUGCGGACGUGCUGACGUGGCUUCUCGGGGCUAUGAAGGACAAUGAAGUUGGUCCUGUGGAGCGUUCAGGUGCUGCGCAAGGUCUGUGUGAAGUGGUGGUUGCGCUUGGCAUGGAGCGCGUCGAGCGUGUCAUGCGGGAGGACAUCUUGCCGCUGGCACGCCAUCCAAUGUUCUCAGUGCGUGAGGGCGUGUUGUGGGUCAUCGCUUUCCUGCCACCGGCGCUAGGCAAGCAGUUCGCCAUCUUCCUUCGCGAUGCGCUGCCCAUCGUGGUAAAAGGUCUCAGUGACGAAGCCGAGUCUGUACGCAAUGUUGCUAUGCACUCGGGUCACGUAGUGGUCAACGCGCACGCCCUCUCGCAUACGCGUGAUCUGCUCCCGAGUCUCGAGGCUGGUCUCUUCGAUGAUAGCUGGCGCAUUCGACAGAGCUCGGUCACACUGCUGGGUGACCUCAUGUAUCGCAUCAGUGGCACGCGUGCAGUUGCGGUUGUCAACGACGAUAGCCACGACGACGACGAGACGUCGGGCAGUGCUGCAGGUGAUCGAGCUAUCAUUAAACUGCUUGGGAUCCAGCGCCGCAACGCGAUCUUGGCAGCGCUGUACAUGAUUCGCUCGGAUACGUCGGCUGUCGUCCGCCAAAGCGCUCUGCAGGUCUGGAAAAGCGUGGUCUCCAACACGCCCAAAACGCUUCGCCAGAUUCUCGAGGCACUCUUGAACACGAUCGUGUCGGCGCUCUCGGGUGACAACAUGGAAAAGCUGACGAUGGCUGGACGUACGCUUGGUGACAUUGUGCGAAAGCUCGGCGAGCAUGUGCUUCCUGAGGUGGUGCCUAUCUUGCGUGCUGGGUUAUCGCCCUCGCUGCCUAUCGGCCGUCGACAAGGAGCUUGCAUUGGUCUCGCAGAAGUCAUCGACUGUUGCACGAAGAAGCAGAUCGAGGACUAUGUCGACACGCUCCUGGACGCUGUGUUGGACGGCAUUUGUGACGAAGUCGCAGAAGUCCGUGCAUCGGCAGCGCAUGCGUUUGAUGUCCUGCACAGGGGCAUUGGCUACCGCGCUAUCGAUGAGACCGUCCCGAAGAUUCUCGAGCGCAUCCACUCGUCGCCGUCGGCAGAGGAACAGGAACGCGCGCUGCUCGGACUUCAGGAGAUACUGCGUGUGAAGUCGCGUGAGGUGCUCCCGUACCUGAUCCCACGUCUGCUGGUAAAGCCGGUUACUGCCUCGGCAGCAUUUACAGUGUCGCGCGUGGCGCAGGCGACGGGGGCCGUCAUUCACUUUCAAGUGGAACGCAUUUUUGCUGCGUUUUUCGCACAGUACGUCGAGCUGCUGGAAGACGGCAGUUCGGAUGCUGCAAAGGCAGCACUUGCCGAGAACAUCAAGAGCUCACUGCGCGAGGUGGUGCUUCACGUGGAGGCGCCUGGCGUGCACUGGCUGGCGAUCGAGCUUUGCAAGUAUUGCGAGAGCGAAAACGUGCUCGAGCGUGUUCUCGCUUUCGAGCUCGUGGCUGCAUUCUGCUCGCAUGCGUCGGUGCCAUACAACGACCAGGCGCCACUGUUCCUGAAGCAGAUUGUGCUGCACUUGAACGAGCAAAGCGAUCCAGUGGUUCGUGCAGCCUCUGCGGCACUCAAGGGCAUGAACGUGACCACGAGGCCCGAAGCUUUUGCGCAGCACUUGGACUUCAUUCGGCAAUCCAUCAACUCGAUGGUCAGUGACGCCCGUCAUCGCAAAGGUGGCGUCGGCGACGGCGAGUACCUGCUCCCUGGUCUCUGCAUCCCUCACGGCCUGGAGCCGUUCUUGCCUGGUUAUCAGUGGGCUCUGAUGAAUGGGUCGCCGGUGCUGCGUCAGAGCGCAGCUGCUGGCUUGGGUGAGCUCGUCGAGCUGAGCAGCGCAUCGUCUCUGCGUCCGUACUUGAUCAAGCUCACGGGUCCGCUCAUUCGUAUCGCUGGUGAUCGCUUCCCUGGUCACGUGAAGGCUGCGAUCUUGCAGACUCUGGAGAUCAUUCUGACCAAGGGCGGCGUGGCGCUCAAGCCCUUCCUUCCCCAGCUGCAGACUACGUUCAUCAAGGCCUUGAACGACACUGCUGUAGAUGUACGAGCUCGGGGGGCGUCCGCCCUGAGGCUGCUUGUCACGCUCAGUCCACGUGUGGAGCCACUGCUGACAGAGCUGACCGAGCGCUUGCGGACCACGACUGGCGGUGUGCGUGAAGCCAACUUGGAGGCUGUCGCUUCGGUGGUAGAGCGCGUUGGCGGUAAACUCUCAGCUGUGGGUCGCAGCACUCUCGAGAACGCACUCGAAGAGAUGCUCGAGUCGAGUGAAGACGCACUUCGGGACGGUGCGAGCCGGUGCCUAGCUUCCUGUGUGGCUACCACCGCUAGCAGCGACGUGGAGGCAGCGAGGAAGCAGUUGCUGGACCACAGUUUGACAAAUAUGACUGCCGAUGACAGGCAGGCGCUCUCGUGGCAGCGCCGCCAGAGCGCAGCCGUGUUCACAGCAUCGGUCUUGCACAAACACGCAGCACUGCUGACAUCGGACGUCUCUGCUUCUCUGACCGCCACGCUGCUUGCACUGGCGCAAGAUGAACAGGUUGCUGUGCGCAACCAUGGGCUCCAGGCACUUGGCGCCGUGGCAAAGCACUCGAAGAAAGUGGAAAGUCUCGCGGCGCUGGUGCCCGUGCUGGCGGACAGUGUCACGCACAAAAGCAAAGACAUCGUCCGUAGUUCGCUGCACGUGACGAAGCUCGUUGCAAAGCGCUCGCCGGAACAAGUGCGCGAGCACCUGGCCGUGCUUGUUCCCGCUGUCUUCCAGGUGAUCAAGAGCAACAACCUGGCCGUCAAGUUGCCUGCUGAGCGAACACUGCUCUACCUGCUCGAAGUGCAUUCCCGACCAGAGACCCAGACCGAGUAUCUGCGCAGUGGCGGUGCUGAUGCGAAGGUGAUCGGCGAGUACGCGCGCCGCGUGCUGAGCAAGCUCAGGGCUGACAGUGGUGACGAAAGUGACUAA